AGUACACACAUAUGGACCACUUACGCAUUAUAGUGAUCCAUGUGGACCGUCGGAGACAUUACUAGAAGAUGCCUAAGUCUUCAUUCUGAUCUCCGGCAUCAAGGAUUUCAGAUCUUUUCAAUCUUCGCGCGUCGCGACAAUAUUUUUCUUUCACGUUACUGAAAGUUUAUUAAUUUCAUAUUUCACAUAAAUCCUAAGUUUAUCAGUUACUUUUUUUAUAAGUUGUCAACUUAGAAGCUUUCAAUUUUUUCUAAAAUCAGUAUCAUAAAACUGUACAUUUAUCACUGACUUUAUAAAUUAUUUAUCAGUUACUAAAUUUCGGGUUGUUUGUUUAUUUAUUGUCGGUAUUACCAGCUUGAAAGUUUUAAAUUAACUUCCUGUGUUCCGCGAGUGACAAGUGUCUUGUCUGCAGCAAUCAGUUUUUGUGAUGUGUUUUCAUGAUUUUGAAUCCUGAUUCAAGAAAUAGCUGAAUAAACAGGAAUAUGUUCAAUAGCAUUUGUGUUUAAAAGGUUGAGAAAUAAAAGUGAAGAAUCUGAAAAAGAGAAAUAGAAAAGGGAAAGAAGAAAAGUUGAAAUACCAAAGUAUAAAAAAGAGCAAAAACUAAAAAAAUGUAUUCGUCUUGGGGGUAAGGUAGAAAAAUUCAACGGCAUUAAAUAUAAAAAAGUGCGUGACAUAUUGAGUGUGCGAGUUAUUUGUGAAAUGAUGACCCUCAUGACAGACGUUGGACCUUACCAGUACGAAUCCUACGAUAGUUAUCAUCAUCACAGGCGACACUUUUAUUCGUCAAGUGAUGCGGAUUAUUUGCAAAGAUACGUGUCUGAUCGUGAUAGGGAGAAGCAAACGAGGAUUGCAAGUACUGAUAGCAGUUUGGCAUCAACCGGAAGUGUCAACUCUGUAGAUUGUCGCCAUGAACAUCUAAGAUCACAUUCUCGUUAUAUACCUGACUCGGACGAUACGUCGUCGAUAGUGUCGGCGGAUGCAUCUGCAGAUUUGGGAUCACCCUCAGCAGAUGGUGAGGAAACGACCGAAAGCGAAACAGUGGAACAUGUGCCACAUCCUCAUGUUUUGGAUGUAGAUUCACCCCAUGGACCACGAAGAUGUCUCCUCUGGGCGUGUAAGGCUUGCAAAAAAAAGACUGUCACGGUUGAUCGACGAAAGGCAGCAACUCUUCGAGAAAGACGACGACUUCGAAAGGUGAAUGAAGCUUUUGAGGUGUUAAAAAGGAGGACCAGCAAUAAUCCUAAUCAACGUUUACCUAAAGUGGAAAUUUUGAGAAAUGCUAUUGAAUAUAUCGAGAGUCUUGAAGCGAUAUUACAAGGAAACCGGGGGUCGGGUCAUCAGGAUCACGUGUCAGUUGAACAUAUGAACGGAGAUUCGCCACAAUACGUUACGGAACGACUUCGCCAAUUCUCUGAUCCUUUGGCAAGGUUUCAACCAAUCAAUGGAUACGAUAAUGGGGAAUCACAACAAUCUCAAAACAACGGAAGUAGCCUCGAUUGUCUGAGUAUGAUUGUCCAAAGUAUCAGUGGAAAUACGUCACCAUCAACGAACAAUAAUUGUUUAUCUCAACAUUAAAUUAAUUAUUUUAACAGUAUUAGAAUUCAAUAAAAUUGAAACGUAGAACAAAGUUUAUAUGUACAUUAUAAAACAUUAAGUAUAUUAUUCGACAUGAAAUUAUAGUAAAAUUAAAAAUUACAAUAAUUUAUUAGGAUUAAUAAUCAUUUUAUUAUUAUUUUUAUUCAGUAUCAUCUUUU